AUCCUUUCUCUCUCUAACUUCUCUCUCUACAUCGAUCUUCUCUCUCUACUCUCUUUGCUCAAGUACUCUAUAAACAAAUUUAAAUUAUUCAUCACACCGAUAAAAAUUAAGAUAUGCAGACUAUUAAUCUUGAAGAAAAGCAGCUCAGCCCAGAUGAUAAUUUGUUCUCAGAAAUUAAAACGAGUCGCGAUUUUUACACGCAUCUGAAAAUCGGCGAUGGAGAUGCUGACGUGGAGGAGGAAGAAAUUGAAGCUGAUGAUGGCGAUGAAGAUGAGGAGGAGGAAGAAGAAGAGUUUUCUUUUAUGUGUGGAGGAGUGAUUACGUCGCCCAUAGCGGCGGAGGAUGCGUUCGUCGACGGCCAGAUCAAGUCGGUUUUCCCGUUGUUCAACCGGGAUUUGCUCUUCCACGGCGAAUAUUCCGGCGAGGGUCUUCACGAGAAUUUGCCCAUGAGGCCGCCGGUGAAGAAGGUGUUUGUGGAGACGGGAGGAGGGGAGGGGAGGGCGGUGGCGGCGUCGUCCUCGUCGGAGAACGACGAGGUGUCCGCCUCCGGGCCGUACUGCGAGUGGUCGGAGAGGAAGGCGGUGGAGGCGUCGCCGGAGGUGUGCAAGAAGAGCAACUCGACCGGGUUUUCCAAGAUUUGGCGGUUCAAGGAUCUGUUGGGGAGGAGCAACAGUGAUGGAAGGGACGCUUUUGUUUUCUUGAACAACGGCCACGCGCCGCCGUCGGCGGAGGAGCAUCAGGCUCCUGCUGCUGUGGCGGCGGUGAAAACAGAGGAGAAGGCGGCGGGCGGUGAGAAGAAGGAAAAAACAAAGGGGAAAGUCAACGGGAAGGUGAAGAAGGGUAAAGCGGCGGCGUUGUCGGCUCAUGAAGUGUACCUGAGGAGUAAGGCGAAGGGGGAGGAGCGGCGGCGGUCUUAUUUGCCUUACCGGCCGGAAUUAAUGGGGUUCUUUACCAAUGUUAAUGGUGGAUUAACUAAAAAUGUGCACCCCUUUUAAUUACAUUUAUUUAUUAAUGCAGUAAUUCUCUAAUUAAGUGUAUAUUCACUCUAGUAUAUCUAUGUUUUUAGGGACAUUUCAUUUGUUAUUAUUUUAUUUAUUUAUUUUCUUAAAUUUUAUUGUAGAAUUGCUGACUCGACAAACUAAAUAAUUUGUUUGGUUGUAUUAUUAUCUUGUAAUGUAUAAGUACAACAUUAUAUCAAUGCAUCCAUCUUUUAGUCA